AUGAGUAGUUUCCCACAGGCGGAAGUGUUUGAAGUACCAGCAGAAGUCAAAAAAAAGGCUUUAGUGUCAGAACUAUCUCUGCAAUUUUAUAAACUUGGAUGGCUUUCAGGUACUGGAGGUAGUGUAACCCUGAAAGUCCAUGAGCAUAAUGUCCCCAGACAGAAUCAAUUCAUAGUCAUGUUACCUUCAAAUGUACAGAAGGAUAGGAUGUCGCCAGAGGACAUGUAUGUUCUUUCUUCUAUGUCUCCGCCUCCUACCAAGACAUAUCCUCAUAACCCUCCAAAAUGUACCGACUGUGCUCCUCUAUUUCUCAAGGUUUAUGAAAUGUGUAAUGCAGGAGCUGUGAUUCAGAGUCAUGGAUUGGAUGCUUGCUUUGUAACAAUGAUUAAUUCUUCGUCGAACGAGUUCCGCAUCAGAAACAUGGAGAUGAUAAAGGGUAUUCAAGGGCAUGGUUACCAUGACGAACUUGUUGUGCCAAUAAUUGAGAAUGCUCUCAGUGAGGGGAAGCUUGUGGAGUCACCAACUAAAGCGAUCAGAGCUUAUCCAAAGUCGACUGCAGUACUCGUUCGCAGGCAUGGUGUGUUCAUAUGGGGAGACAGCUGGAUUAGUGCCAAAACCCAGGCUAUAUGCUACCACUAUCUCGCUGCGGCUAUUAAGUUUCAUCAGCUGGGCCUUCCCUAUUGA